UCACUUUGACCCUUGCUGUCAACACAAAAGUCAUUUUGUAUUCCCGAAGAAAGAAAGCAAAAAAUAGCUGAUUGUUCCAUUGCGUGGAAUCUAGUGCGAAUUAAUAAAUUCUCUGUCCGGGAUUAGCACGCAUCAAACCGACCGACCGAACAAAAUGGCUAGCCAAACGCAAGGAAUUCAGCAACUGUUGGCUGCCGAAAAGCGUGCUGCGGAAAAAGUGGGCGAAGCAAGAAAACGAAAGCAACGACGUUUGAAACAGGCCAAGGAAGAGGCACAGGAGGAAAUCGAACGAUACCGUCAGGAGCGGGAGCGGCAGUUUAAGGAGUUCGAAGCGAAGCACAUGGGCAGCCGUGAAGGUGUAGCGGCCAAGAUCGAUGCGGAUACUGCCAACAAGAUAGUCGAGAUGAACCGCUCGAUUUCGGUUAAUAAGGCAGCGCUGCUAAGCGAGAUCCUCACGCUGGUGUACGACAUCAAGCCGACGGUGCACAAAAACUUCCAAUACACCAAGUAAGGGGUCUAUGAAAGUGCGGCGAACAAACGAUUCUCCAAGUUCUGUGCGGGUGGCCUCCGCAAGAGAUGAGCAAAACAUACAUACACACACACACACACAUAGAGCGAAAUAGUCACAAACAAACAAAACGGCAUUAGAACCUAUCGAUGUCGUGGUCUUGAUGAAAAAUAGUAGUGAAGCUGUACAUAAUUGUUUAACGCUGUUCUCCCUUUCGCCUCGAAAGCGAUACCCUAAAUUCAGGACUCGUUUGUUCUCGCAGCUUUCAUCGAAACCGUUUGAAGGCGCGUAAAUUAUUGUGGCGCCGGCAAUCGGCGGCGGACUUGCUGUUUCCCUUGUUGCCACCUUCUCGGCCCAAAAGAAGGAAUGUUUCCUUUGUUUUUUAUUGUUAAUUUGAAGUUUUGAAGUACGAAAUCGAAUCCGCGGUGAUAGCCGCGUAGAAGGGCCACAUCUGAUAUCAUGCUACAACCCCAUUCCAAAUCUCUUCAAUCGGUGUAGUAUCUUGUUGUUGUUCCCAUGCCAUUGUCGAUAUUUGCUAUAAAUUAGAGAAAUUACUAAGAACAAACAUGACAAUAUUAUCGAACCCGCUUGGCGCGCCACGCGAAGGAAGCUUUGAGAGCGCAGGGACGAUGUUAGACUUCGUUGCGGUUAAGCAAUACCGGUUUGGAUGAAUGGUUUGGUUCUAAAUUGUUUCGCCCUUAUACACCACCCCUACAAUAGCCGCACAAACGAUGCUUUUGUUUUGCUCGGUUCUGUUCCGUUUUCGCUUUAGCCCGGUUUGGUUUCUUCCCUUGUUUUGUUUAAUCAUACAUACAAUGUUUUUGUCUUUGCCGACCAUGGUUCGGAUCGCAAUACUGUCUGUCUGUUAUAUCUAUCUAUUUAGGUGCGCGCCUAGUCGCAAGCGAAAAGUAUAUCUAUCUACACACGUAUAUAUGCGCCCCCUUCUCGUAUUAUUCCUUAACUGCAAGCAACAACUAACUAUCUUUACAGUGUGUGUGUGCAGAAGUAGUAACCCACGGAACGUUAUCUCAUAAUUCGAAAUUGUAAAGAAUCCAGUAUGCUCUACAUGGAAUAUAUAGUUAUGGUGAAUGCGGUUGAA